CCUACACGACCAUACCACAUUUAUCAACUUACCCUAUUGUGCUCUGGUAAUAAUUGAGGGCUACCACAACUCACUUCAUCUUCAACCUACCCGACGCCCUUUUAACAAAUUUGAAUGUAUUAAUGAUAGCAGUCACAAAAGGUCCUAGCCCGCCCUGAAACAUUUGGACAUUUGGACAUUUGGCUUAGACCCGACAUUCAUUAUUAUUAUACCUGUACCCGCCCUGCCGCCCUGUCGUUGCUCUCUAUCGUCGGCAAUCAAUCAAUCAACCAUCCACCAUCCACCACCCACCACCCACCUACAACCUUAGGUACCCACCAAACCCACGUCUACGCACACACGCACACACACGCACACGCCCGCAUUUGAUCUUGUCUUUUAACAUCUCUUAACACGGCGAACCUCGAAGCUUCCUCCAUUUUAUUACCUAUCCUCUCAACACAAAGGUCGUUGUUACCAAAGGCGUACAAGAUCACGCGCAUCCAUCGUCACGACGUAUCGUUUAACCCUGCUGACGGUCGCGGUCACCGUCGCCCGCGCGUCAUAGGCCAUGGCGUCUGCCGGCACUACGUCGCCCUCGAAACCACAACAACAUCGAAAUCAGCAGCAAAUGAGUCCACCGCAGCAGCAUCCGUCUCCUGCUGCUAAUCCUGCUGCUAAUCCUGCAUCCCCGCCUAGCAGGCGAGAUCUGAAGUCGUGGUGGAAGGCUUUCCAAACUCGGUCAAGGCACCAAGAAUCCCAAGAGUCCCAACCUAAGGGUAUAUUUGGUGUUCCUCUACGACAGAGCAUCACAUACGCGAACGUCGCCAUUUCGCUUGUCGAUGAGGACGGUCAAAGCUACAUAUAUGGAUACGUACCAAUUGUAGUGGCUAAAUGUGGUGUUUUUCUGAAAGAGAAAGCUACCAGCAUAGAGGGAAUUUUCCGCCUCAGCGGCUCCGAGAAGCGCAUUAAGGAGCUAAAGAUACAAUUCGACUCGCCCGAUCGAUAUGGCAAAGGUCUCGUGUGGGAUGGGUAUACGGUUCACGAUGCUGCUAACGUCCUUCGACGGUAUUUGAAUGACCUACCCGAACCCGUAGUUCCGCUAGAUUUGUACGAGCGAUUUCGAGAUCCCUUGCGCGGGCACACAAAACAAGCUGUCGGCGACACCGAGGGUACCCAACUCGUCGAGGAUUUCGACGAAGCUGAAGCUAUAGAAAAGUACCAACAGCUUAUUAAGGAACUGCCCCCGCUUAACCGACAACUGCUCUUGUAUAUUCUGGACCUGCUUGCGGUAUUUGCCGCCAAGGCUGAUGAGAAUCGGAUGACAGCCCAAAAUCUAGCUGCCAUCUUUCAACCUGGAAUGCUCUCGCAUCCGCAACAUGCCAUGGCGCCAGAGGAGUACCGACUUAACCAAUGUGUUAUUAUAUUCUUGAUUGAAAAUCAGGAUCACUUCUUAAUCGGUAUGCAAGGCACCGGGACGGAUGAGAGGACUAAACAAGAAAUCGAAAAGGGCCCGCCGACGGUUGUAACACCCGCGACGCCGAACCGCAACACCGGCGUUGCAAGGUCUGCCUCCAAUGCUAGCGCUGGCGCUGAGAGCGUUAGUAGGGAUGGUAAGAUUCGGCGGAAUCGUUCUACGUCGUCGCGGCACUCGGUUCACUCUAACGGUGCUUCCACGCCUGGUAGCCCUGCUCUAACCCCAAAUGGUGGACUGGGAAGAAGUAAUACAGUUCCGUCUAAGAAAUCGCCUCAUAUUCCUUCUGGAAAAUUCCAACCUCGGCAGAGCUCGCCUAGUGUCUCAGUAGCUCCAGCUUCGCCCUCGCCCUCGCCCUCGCCCUCGCCCGCUGGUUCUUACGCAGCCGCUCCACCGACCGUAGCUGAAGAAGCGCCAACCGUAGCCGAACAGUCUCCUGCGACAUCGCAGCACCUAACUCCGAUGGCGGCAGGAUCGCAUUCCGCUGGAAGAAGCCAAGAAAGAUUAUUAGGUCCUCCUGCCGAUAUUAUAACCCCUUUAAGGGAAAGGAACCUCCAGAGCCUUUUCCAACGAUCCCAGGCUGCGGAAGGUGAAAAGCGCCAGCCCAACAAGCUACGCAAAAAGCGAUUACCUAGUAGUACCAACCCCAGUGCCCAGAGUUCGACCGCCUCACUUCCUCAUUCGGAGGCAGUUUCUCCGAUUCAUGAAUCUUCGAAUCCGAUAGAACAGAAAGCUCCCCAUCCAGGUCCUACUAACACAGAGAAUAGUACUUCUAUAGAGACACCAUCAGAGCCUACGCCGCGAGCGUCCCAGGUGCCAUCUGCGAGCACCGCGCAUGGUGAUUCAGAGAAUGAUAAUACGCUCAAGGCAAAGACCUCACCGUCAACAUCCUUACACUCGUCAUUCAACGACGGGUCUGAUGUGGACCAGGCAGAGGGCGGCGCGCCUGUCUCUUCUCCAGAUGCGGCCGAAAAAGAAAAGAGACAUCGAUGGCGUAUAUCUCGACGAAAGGAGGAUUUCUCUAGCGAACAUGGUCACAACCUGGGUUAUAAUUCCCAUGCCGAGUUAAGCACCUCUUCUAUCGGGAGCGGGCAAAGGCCACGAAAGAGUUGGACGGGCGAAUCCUCAGAUGUGGCGGCAACACUAGCGGAAAGUGAAGCCGGAAGUAGAGAGAAAGAAGACUCGAAGGGUCCCAUCGGAUGGAUUAAGAAUAAGUAUCGGGAAGCGAAGGAAAACGUGGAGGUUAAGCGCACGAAGUCCCCUCCGAGAGAUCAAGUACAGGCCUUUCUAGCCUCGGGAAGGAGUGCAGAAACUAUGGGAAGCAUAGACGAAAAAGGGGCGCCCACAGGUCCGGGCCCAGUUCGUGUUGCAACACCUGAGAUGAACUCCUUCCGCGAGCCGCGUGAGCCACACGAAAUCCCGCUGCCAAGUUCUCCCCCGCCAACUCGGACGACGCACGACGAGAAGCCUGCACACCCCUAGGAGGAAGAGACUUCGGACCAAGAUAGCGGUUUGUUCUGCUGGGGCAUGACAAUCAGGCUGGUAAAUCAGACGAGACCAAUCCUUCGUACCGCUCGAGCAAGGGGAUCUGAAUCAGAUGGUUUUGAACAGCUAGAAUAACGGUUCUUUUUUUUUCUUCAUCUUCAAGUUUUGGGUUGUCGGUGGUUCUCGUCUGGAAAAUCAGGUGGAAUGGAAAUGCGGGUUUAGCGAAUGGGCUUGAUUGAUGACGGGUUUGAAUGCCUCACUCUCGAAGUUUGACGACGUUUAUGCGCGGUUUUUUGGGAGAUGACUAUUUGUUUUCGAAUUGGGGGAUGCUCAUGACGACCCGCUUCCAACGGGAUGAAAAAAUAGGAGAAGAGGAUGUGCUCUCCUCUUUUUAUGGAUACCCC